AUGGACCUGCUGUCCUCCUUCCCGGAGCACCUACAGGACGAGAUACUGACGCGCCUCGACCUCCGCGACACCGUGCGCACCUCCGCGCUCUCCCGCGCCUGGCGCCGCCGCUGGGAGACCCUCCCUGGGCUCGCCGUCUCCUUCCCCGACGGCACGCCCCCCUCCGUCGUCGACCGCGUACUCCUCCGCUACGCAGGUCCCAGCGUCUCCCGGUUCAAGACCCACGUCGACGACGACGACGACGACGCCGCAUACGCUUCCCACGUCGACGAGUGGCUCAUCGCGCUUUCCCGCCGCAGCGUCGAGUCCAUCACCAUCUACAACGACUAUGGAAGAAACUUCACCGUCCACUCCUCCAUCUUCUCCUGCGACCGUCUCCUGUCCGGCUGUCCCUCAGCCUGCAGCGGUGCAGCAUUCCACCGCUCCCUCAGCCUGGAGCUAUCGCUCACGGAUGUCAAGUUUGCAGACAACGGGGAGAGCCAAUUCGAGGCCAUGAUUCGUGCUUCACCCAUGCUUGGUGUCCUUGUGCUUGAGGAGAUCUACACCAAUGAUAUGGACCGCGUGAUUGAGGCGCUCAAUCUCCACACUCUGAGACAUACGUUUACUCCAAAGAUAUUGGAGGCGCCCAACCUCCAAUAUGCAUACCAACUUCAUGGUGCACCUGCUGGUUUCGUAGAGUUCCUCGCCGGCGUUUUCCAAGUUCGGGAGCUCAUUUUCUACGUAAAGCCAUGUGAUUUGAAGGUGGAUGCAAUUCCUUUCACCUUUUCCAACUUGAAGAGCAUGGAAUUAUUUACAGACUUUGCUGAAAUGAACAACAUUUUAUUAAUGUUUUCCUUACUAAGGACCUCUCCGAACCUUGAAAAACUUAAAAUAGAGCUUCAACGACCGAAAAUGGUUGACAAUCGGAAGUUCCUAAAUGCACAGUGGACUAAUGGCAUGUGUGCCAAUCUUCAACUUGUAGAAAUAAUUAGUUAUAACGGGUGGCUUCCAUUGUAUUUCAUAGAGCUUAUUCUCUCCAAAGCAAGCUUUCUUCGUACAUUGUCUGUGGACAUGGAUGCAUGCCCAGUUUCUCAGGACAACCAACUCAAUGAGUUACUAUAA